AUGCCUAAACGGAAAACUUCCUCGUCGCCACAGGCAAAUGCGCCAGCAGCGCCGCUUAUCUCUGAAGAAGAGCAAUGGAGGCUCAUAAAUCAGUCUGGGAUCCUCAAGAAGGUCAACUUGCAAGCACCGGAAGCGGAAAUGAGUCUCGGCGAGGAAAUAUUCAAUACGUCCCUUAUAGUUAUACCUGUCUGCUCUCUACUCGUGCUGAUGGACAUUUUAACAUACCAUCAAUAUGGGCAAGGAGUGAACUUGAAGACUGUCCUGGACAGAUUAAUCCAAGGAAUACCUAUCCUCUCUCUCUUCAUUUUCUACUCGAAUCGACACAAGCGGGACUUCAGAAUGCAGCUUCUCCUGUUCAUCCUUGGAACUGCCUCCGGCUCUCGAAUGCUCUAUAUUCUCAAGCGCAGCUCGUAUCUGGUCAACAUGAAACAAACACCACCCUUGAUCACUCUGUGGAUCUACACUGUCGUGCAACUCGAUUUGGGCUUUGCAGUCUCGAAUCUAUUAGCAGUUGCAGGGUUUUGUUGGUGGAAAGGGCUAGAUGUAUUUGGAAGCUAA